CCUCGCGGUCUAGGGUUUGCAGACGCGCACGCACGACUUACUUCUCCCUCUCGUUUGAUGGCCAUUGAAGAUUCCGGGCGCAUUUUGGAGUUAGAGAGGAACAUAGCCGUGCCGCUAUUGACCGCCAGUUUUCCCCCCUUUGGCUCUCCGUUUACUCUGGUCGGUCGAGACGCUUAAGCUCGCGUUCCAGAUCGCCGGCGACCCGCGAUCUGGAACGUCCGGUCUCCGGCCGCGCGGCGCGGGGGCGGGGGCGGUGCGGUAUCGGUGACGCGGCGAGGCCUCCGCGUAUGACGCUAGGCGAGGUACACCUGGGCGGUCCCGGUAGCGGCAUGGGGGAUGAGGCGAGAGGCGAUUGCACGGAUUCGGUCAUUUGCGUCGUUGCGGGGAAGGACGCGGACGCGGACUUUGCGGACGACGGUUUGGCCGGCGUGGGUGCCGAUUCGGGUGGCGGUUUGUCGGUUUCACAGGGUGGCGGAAGCGGCGUCGGUUCGUUUCGUGAAGCUAUGGCGACCGGUUGUUCUUACGUAGAAAACAGAGAGAGGCUGAAACUUCGACUGAGACUUAGAGAGAGGGUGGCGACUCCGGUCGGCGACGCUUCCGUUUCUGCCUCGGUUUUCGGGCUGAAGGGGGCAACUACAGGAGUGUCGUCCUGCAGAGGCCCAAGUCGUCGGGCUACGUGCUCUGUUCUGCUCUGCUUCAUGGCCGAGAGCCUGAAGCGAACGACGACGCGUAAAUUGGAAUUCGAGAAGCGUAAAAGUCCACUUGCCAUGGGUAGCGAAAAUUUGAGGGUCUCAAUAGCCAUGAUGAGAAUCAAUGAGUGGAUGGAUCCAGCUUAGCCGAUGGUAAUCGUGUCUACUACCCUCGUCAAUCACAUAUCUUAUGGUUGCCGAAAGCUUAGCAGCAACCCACCUUUGUGCUAAUGCUUCUGUUCGUAACAUGGUGAAGGUUAAUAGGUCGUUUUCAUUCUUAGUCAGUGCCCAACUUUUGGGCAGCUUUAAGUAAUUUAUUUGUGAGUGCAGAAGAAGAAAACUAUGCUAUAUGUACUUCUUGAAAUGUUGUGAUGCCUUCUUUGUUGCGAAGAGACGCUCCAGUUGCAUUUGACCAAAGCGUACUGACAGUGGGUCCUGAGAAGGAUGACAUAAGAGCUUUCAGAAAUUUUUUAUCAUGAAAAAACGAGGUUAGAUGAAAAAAAAAAGAGAUUGGAGGGAACAAAAGGGUGUUAUUGGAGGGACUGGUUUCGUGGCUUUUUUUCUGAUCAAGCUUUUGCUUGAGAAGGGCUAUGCUGUGUAUACCACUGUUAGGGACCCAGGUCUAUUGAGUUUAUGUCUGAUGCCGUCGGUCUUGAUGCUGGCGUGCAUGAUUCUUGUCAACAUUAUGUAGCAUAGCCCUGAUAUUGCCCAAGCAGUCCACGACCUUUGUGCCCGACGUUGAGGAAGCUGAGACUCCGAACCACAAGAUCAAGCGCAAGCUCGCAAGGCCAAGGUUCAACUCCGUUUCAGAGACAUAUCAGGACGGGACAGCAUGGCGUUUGAGUGCCCGCGGUCCUGGACGAAGUUCCGGGUUCUUCUUCCAGCUCGCAAGCCCAAGGUUCAGCUCCAUUUAGCAAGACGCAUGUCUGUUUUUCCCAGUUCUUUACUUUCCUCCGAUCUGUGAAUCUUGAUUUCCUCGAGGAACCGAGAUUCUGUUAGAAAGGGCCCAUCUGAAAGAGUUCCAUUGAAACUCCUAGGAAAAAGAUUAGGAAAAGAAAAGGGCUCGGGCCUGGGAAAAGACUGGGCCUCGUCGUCUUGUACAAGAGUGUGACUCAGGAAAGAAAGAUAGGCGGCUGGUCUAGAGCUUGGAGGGCUACUCUCAGAUGAUGUGCCAGAGAACGAACUGGUCACUUCGAAGUUUCGAGACUACAAAAGAAAAGAAAGAUUCAGAGAACUAUGCAGUGAAAAAAAUUUGGUGGGUAUCUGGGAAAAGGUGAUGCUGGAUUGUGGUUUGUUUUUGGUGCCAUGUAAAUGCUGCAAAAUUCCUUAUCGAGUGAAAUGAAUUUGCAUUUCACCUAUCGCGUAUAUUGUUUCAUGAUGUAGCUCAAUAGGAACAGACAAACCUGCAGUCCUGAGAUGAAGAUCAUUCCCAGCGUAAACAUGAAUGUAAUUGAAAAGGUUGCUCAAAACUCUUGAUAGAUUCAGAUCUGAUGUUUGAGUGCCCUGAGAUUGAAUAAUUGUUGACGCUUUGAGUUUCACUAUAUGAAUUUUCUCCUUCUGGCCUUUUCAUGAAUUUGCUCUAUCUAAAUGAAGUAGCUUGACUGAUCCUUGGGUGUGUGAAUAGCAAAUCAAUGGAACAACAAUUCCGGACUCAACUCAAGUGCUCCACCUGUGCCGAGUUGCAGAGA